UCAUCCUCCUGUCCUGUAGGCGGAAGCACUGCGCUGAAGUGGCGCUGUUGUGUUGUAUUGAGUCGCGAAUCGCUACAGAGCAAAGCGAAUCACUUCCGUCCGGACACACGCCGGGUUCAUCAUCAUGGCGGCGGGACCGAUUUCAGAACGAAAUCAAGAUGCCACUGUUUAUGUGGGUGGGCUUGAUGAGAAAGUCUCUGAACCUUUGUUAUGGGAGCUUUUCCUGCAAGCUGGUCCUGUUGUAAACACACACAUGCCCAAAGACAGAGUAACAGGACAACAUCAGGGUUAUGGCUUUGUGGAGUUUCUCAGUGAAGAGGAUGCAGAUUACGCCAUAAAGAUCAUGAACAUGAUCAAACUUUACGGCAAACCCAUACGAGUCAACAAGGCUUCGGCACACAACAAGAACCUCGACGUCGGCGCCAACAUCUUCAUCGGCAACUUAGACCCCGAGAUCGACGAGAAACUGCUUUAUGACACGUUCAGCGCUUUCGGCGUGAUCCUUCAGACACCGAAGAUCAUGCGCGAUCCGGACACGGGCAACUCGAAGGGUUAUGCUUUCAUCAACUAUGCAAGUUUUGAUGCCUCCGAUGCAGCUAUCGAAGCCAUGAAUGGCCAGUAUCUCUGCAAUCGGCCCAUCACGGUUUCAUACGCCUUUAAGAAAGACUCAAAGGGCGAGAGGCAUGGCUCAGCUGCAGAGCGCCUCCUGGCCGCCCAGAAUCCACUUUCACAGGCCGAUCGUCCCCAUCAGCUUUUCGCGGAUGCUCCUCCACCUCCCACCCUUUCUACACCGGUCAUGACCGCCCUUGGAGCAGGGAUUCCAAUUCCAGGAAUGCCACCUCCUGGUGGUUUCCCACCUAUUCCUCCUCCUGGCACAAUGCCACAUGGGAUGCCACCCAGUAUGGGCAUGCAUCCUGCACCAGGUACUCCUGCAUCACAGGGUGGCGGCGCAGGGCCCCCACCGGGACCACCGCCCUUCCCUCCUGCAGGAAUGAAUCCCCCGGGAAUGCCGCCAAUGCCCAUGCAUCCGUCAGGACAUCCAGGAAUGGUGCCUCACCCACCAGGUCCGCCUGGAUCUACUCAACCAAGAGCACCACCUCCACCCGGCAUGCCUCCUCCUCCACCCAUGGGUGUACCUCCCAGAGGACCGUUUGGUCCCCCAAUGGGUCCACCAAUGCAUCCAGGGAUGAGGGGACCUCCUCCGCCAAUGCCACCUCCAGGUUAUGGUGCCGGCCCACCCAGACCCCCGCCCUUUGGUUUUCAGAGAGGGCCUCCCUUGCCACCACGACCUCCUGCACCACCGAGGGGUCCAGUGAGAGCACCAAUGCCCCCCUAAACCCUAAUGUGAAGACCUUUUUGAAAGCUUUGUCAUUUUUAUUUACGUUCUGUACUUUGAUAGAUGCUUCUCUUGCUUCUUUGUAUACGGAUUUCUUAAUUUUGGUCAAUGUACCUAUUCAGAAUUAGCAAGAAUAAACAAUUUUAUAUAA